AUGACAGUCGUAGCCGUUGUUGAUAUUAGCAGUUCUCAUAUUGAAGUUGGGUUUGCUGGUCAUUCUAGAAGCGUAGCUAAGAUCCAGAGAGAUAUAGAAUGGCUAGACGAUGAUAUGCUGACCUACAAGACAUGCAGAACUUGGUUUCAUGACGUAUUACUUUGUGACUCUAAAGAUGCAAAGGUUGUUAUAUCUGAACCUUUGUGGCUUUCGAUGAAGCGAAAGUUACGUAUAAGCAAGGUUUUGUUUAACCGUUUAAGAGUAAACUCUAUAACCUUCCUACCUAAUUGUCUUGGUGUAUUUAUCGGAGCUGGGAUUAAAAAUGGAUUGUAUAUAGAAGUUGAUGCUCAGCACACAGAAUUGAUGCCGGUUUUUGAAGGGAGGUUGCUGGAUUUAUUCUCCCAAUCUAGUAAAGUUGGAUACGAUGAUAUGUCUAGUUUACAAAAGGAUUUAUCGAAUGUUACACUUGAAGACACCGAUGCAUUAUCACUACCGAUGCUUGUCAGUACACUACGAAAAAAACUUCCAAUUGACCUUAGAAAUGCAGUGCUUAAACAAUUAGUUGUGGUCAGUCGAAAUAAUGUCGUUUUGUCUUAUUUGAAAGAGCAGAAUAAAGAUGCGUCUGUUGUGGAAAGUUUGGGUUCCUGGAUCGGAACGUCGAUAUACACCUGGUGCAAUUUGAUGAAAGGUCUUCCGGAUGAUUUAGAGGUGAAACGGAUAGAUUUUGAGCAACAUGGUAAAAUUCCCGACUGGAGCUUGCACAAAUUUGAAAUGUGA